AUGUCUGUUGAUUUCUCACCUUCUGAGGAACACUACCUGAAACGGGAACUCUUGAGAUUGCAGCUUAGUGAUGAAUUCGAACUUUUGAACGACCAAUAUGCCUUGCGGAAGUUUGGGUAUCCCUUUUCUGAUCAGGAUCCUGAAUCCAAAAGUUCUCAUAAACGCAUCAAGCAUGUCCUUAACACUCCCCGGCAAAGCGGAGCGAGCGACAAGUCUGUGAAUGAAAAAGAAGAAAAUGGAAUAGUUACUGAUUUCCCCAUGCUCAGACACUUUCUCAGAACAUUCGUGAUGAGCUUGCCCCUACUGUCGCAGGAUUUGGCAGAGGGUGAAGAGUUUUGGCAGGAAAAGGUACAGGUAUUCUUCGAGCACUUCAUGGGCAUGAACUUCAGUAGCAGUUUUGACAGGGAGGAGGAAACCAAGAGAAAGAAAAUUGCCGUCAAGCUUUCGAAGGUAGUCUUAUUAAUGUAUAACUCUGGAAUUGGCUGCUCCCGGGAAAUUACUUACUAUGAACAUGAUAAGUUUGAGUUGCAGGACGAAGACACGGAGAUGCGCAAACGCACGAAAAUGGACAAGUUUGUGAUGCCUACCAGAGAGAGUUUAAGGUAUUUACUAACAAGUGAGCCGCUCUACAUCAACGGCUGGGAUGUGAACGUCAUUGCCGUGACCGAUCGAGCUUCAUUGUAUGGGAUCGAAGCUAAAGUCUCCAAACCGACAACACCCAAAUGGAUGAGGAGCACUUUCGGACUGUCUCCUACUUCGUUUACUUCUCCUUCGAAACUCUUUUCAAAAUUGACCAUGGCUGACACCACUUCCAAGGCUAGCAAGUAUCUUUUCAUCGUAAAAAUUAGAAAAGAGGAUGAUGAAGACAACAGCACUUACGCCGCCAGAAGCUAUGAAGAUUUUAAGGGUUUGGCGCGUAACUUAAAAAAAGAGUUUCCAGGAAAGGCUCUACCCAAGUUGCCUCAUAGAAGCAAAGUAGGAGUGUCUACUACUACGACUCUAGAUCAUUCUGAAAGUAAAACAAACGAAGUGCCUUCUACCCCAACAGAACGGAUAGUUUCGGUGUUUCCCAGUGCAGAAACACCAAAUGAUAGAAUUCUACCCUCCUCACCAGAUCUAUCCUCCUCUCCUUUCAAACCUGAUCUAGCUUCACCUAUAUCUGAGAGCUCCCUUGAUGGUGGGGAUGACAAUGACGAUGAUUUUGAGGAAUUUAAAGAUGCAUCCGAUAGCAUGACAAGUCAUUUACCUCGGGAAAAGAUGAGAACAUCUUUAAGGCAAUACCUGCGUACUUUAUGCGAAGAAAAGGAAAUCGCACAUAGUUUGUCCAUACAAAGGUUUUUGAUGAAACAAACUCUGCCCAGCGAAAAGCUGACCAAAGCGAUUUUACAAGAUAUGAAAAAUCGGGAAUCGGUUGAUGUCUUGAAUCUUGAAAAUCAAAUUACAUUUCAAAAACUAGCAUUCGAAAAAUCAUUAAAGCUGCAAGAUACUAUGAAGGAGUUCAAAACGUCUGUUCUCAAGGAUCAAACCUUUUUAUUAGGAUUAUUUCAGGAGAUAAGGGAUAAAGAAAAAGUUGAAGAGUUGUCGCCCACUUUAGUGAGUUUUUUUGACUGGUGUAAGGUGAACCUUUCUGCCACGAUCUACCAAUUGUUUUUAGGUAACGACAGCGGAUAUGAGUUUUAUACUCAAAUCAAAAGGCUUCAUAAGCUACUUCCCUACACGGUUAUGAUUCAAAUUUUAAGGUUCACAAACCCAAUGGCAAUCAUUAAAAAUAUGAUGGACUUGUUCAUGGCUAGACCUUUCGGUGGAAAAUCUUUACUACAGACAAUGUUCUCUACCAUCUUGACUGAUGAUUUGAAAUCUCAAUCCAAAAUUGCCAAAGAUUUAGAGGAAACAAUUAGCAAGGAAAGUUCUUUCGGUGCUGAAAUUACCGAAGCUUUGUACAACGCUAUUUUCAAGAAUGAUCACAAUGAAUACGUAGACAUGACCGCAAUUCACGAAGAUGCAAUGUCAAUGUCAAUGCCAUUAUCAUUAGUUAUUGGAAUGAAAUGUUGCGAAAACAAAAAAAUUUCACAGGACGCUUUGAGUGAGUUGAUCGAGUCUUACACAGCAUGGAAAAACCAUAAGAACUCCUCAGAGUCAGUGCUAUCACCAGUCGAGUCUAACUCAUCGCUCGACAAUUUUCCAGGCCUUUACUUUUCCCACGUUCGUGGAUUAUUGCAAACUUACAUCCGUGAAAGAGACAAGAAGUUGAUGAGACAAAUUUGGCAGGACCCCCAACUGCCACAGCUUUUAAAAUCAAUGGUGGCGCUCUUUUAUGAACCUUUGGUGAAAAUAUUCAGGGUCUCCAAAAUGGACGUUGCAUUCAAAAGUUUUGAGAAAUUCAUGGAUGACUUAAUCGAGCUUAUUGAUAAUGUCAUAAACGGCCAGGCAGGUUAUUCCACUGCUUUCAAUGUCGUUGACGGUAUAAAUAAGCUGGUGGAUAAGCACGAAGGAGCGUUUUAUGCAUUCGUACAUGACAUUUGCAUUCAUGAUACAGAGCACAUUUUUGAGGGCUUUAUUAAAUGGCUAACCAUGAUUGUUAAUUUCCUCCAAAAGAGCAAAUAUGGGCAAUCUACUGAGAGAGUUGACCUCGUAAACCUUGUGGACAAAUCCUCUGACAUUGGAAUUGAUAUUGAAUUGUUAAGGAAACAGUUAGCAGAUGUAAUUGCCAAUAAGAAGCAUGCUCGGCAAAUAUACCAAAAGCUAGUUGACGCAAAGAGAUCUAAACCGAAGAACACUGAUAAAGUUUCAGACAUGAUGAAACAGAAAUGGCGCCAGUCAAAGGAAGCAAUAAUUCCUAACGGUAGUAAGGAGCUUGGCUUCCAGGAUGGUGAACUUGUGGACCUUGAUUUAGACGUGGGUGACUUUGAAUACCUUCACACAGAAGAAGAUGAACUUCAACAAGAAUAUCGUGAUAUUCUCGAAAGACAAGUGGACGAGAGUGAAAUUUCAAAAUUCAAUGACUUGGUUUUCAAAGAUGUCCUGAGAGAUAUUCUCAAAAUAUAG